AAUCCCUCUCUCUCUAUCCCUCUCUCUCUAUCCCUCUCUCUCUCUGUAUCUCAUGGAACAAAAUCAAAACCUUAACAGUUCAAAUCCAUCAGUCGCCCUAAUCGUCGGCGUCACCGGAAUGGCCGGCUUCAGCUUAGCUCAAGCCUUAAACAGCCACCACAGUCACACAUGGAAAAUCCACGGCGUCGCCCGCCGUCCUCUGCCGACCUGGUUCCCUCCUUCUCUCCUCCACAACUUCAUCAACUUCGACGCAUUAAACUCCACCGACACUCUCGCAAAACUCUCCCCAAUCUCCCACGAAGUCACCCACGUCUUCUGGGUGGCCUUCCAGCUCUACGACACGGAAGAACUCAACGUCGCCAAGAACUCCGCAAUGCUUAGAAACGUACUCGACGUGCUCACCAAAGCCUCUCCUUCUCACCUGCGUCACGUGACUUUGCAAACGGGGACGAAACACUACAUGGGUCCGAUAUUUGACCCGUCGUUGGCCGGGAAACUCGUGCACCAUGAGCCGCCGUUUAUGGAGGACUCGUCGUGCCUUCCAUAUCCGAACUUUUACUACGCUUUGGAAGACCUUGGGGCUUCGUAUUCGCCGGCUUUAACGUUCUCCGUGCAUCGUUCUUCUAUUAUUGUUGGAGCUUCUUCAAGAAGUGUGUACAAUGCGCUGCUGUCAUUGGCGGUUUAUGCCGCCAUUUGCAAGCACCAAAAGUUGCCGUUUCACUAUCCAGGCACUCGAUACACAUGGGAGCACUUCUGUGAUAUGACUGACGCAAGUGUCUUGGCACAACAACAAAUAUGGGCAGCUUUGUCUGAUAAGGCUAAGAAUCAAGCAUUCAAUUGCACCAAUGGAGAUGUUUUUACAUGGAAAAGCUUAUGGAAAGUGUUAUGUGAAGUGUUUGAGGUUCAGUUUGUGGAGUUCGAUGAUGAAAUUGCAAAAGGGUUUGAUUUGGUGGAGAUGAUGAAGGAGAAAGGAGGAGUUUGGGAUGAGAUUGUGGAGAAACAUGGACUCUUUAAGACCAAAUUGGAGGAGAUAACUUGUUUUGAUGCUCUAAAAAUUGUGAUGAAUUUUGAUUUUCAACAUGUUUGUAGCAUGAAUAAGAGUAGAGAAUUUGGGUUUCAUGGCUUUGCUGAUACAUUCAAGAGUAUUAGAAUGUGGGUGGAGAGACUGAGAGACAUGAAAAUUAUACCAUGAAAGGCAAGAAUAUUAUUUGGGGGCAAUUGAUAUGAGAUAUUUGUAGAAUAUAUACUCUAAAAUAAAUGGAUGAAUUCAUGAUGUGGGGUACACAUCAACUAUGGAUUUUGAUCCUUUGUUCAUUUAACUUUCGAAGUAUCUAAAAUUAGAUGACAUUUUUAUUAUU